AUGGGCUCAAAAAGCUCUGGUCCUGUGAAAAAUUCCACCUCUAAUCCAAUCCAAAUCCCCUCUGACUUAAGGCAAACCCAGUCCUCUCAGCCAGUAGCAUCCUCGAGCUUGAUCGAAGUCCCUGUUCAUUCUCUUAUGGACACUCAGCAAGAUCAAAGAGUCCAUAUCCAAAGCUCCCCCUUGGAACCAAUCAUCACCCAUGUCUCUGAUAAGGUGAAGAGUGGCACCCAAGACACCAAACUGAAUGAACUUAGGACCAUCGAAGAAGGAGUUGAAUUUACACAUGAGGUGGACAGCACCACUGAGAUGGUUACUGAGAAUGCCCUUCACACAUCAGCUUCUUCUUCUCCUGUCAAACCUAAAGGCAGAAAAUGUAGAAGGGCAACUGCCUCACAAGGAAGAUUGUUGAUCUCUCAAAACCAAAGGACCCCUACAAACUCCUCAACAAAUAUCACUCACAAAAGGGGAAGAGUUGCAGACCAAGACAUGUCUCAUCAGAAUGAAGUUCACCCCUCUCCUGCUGAUCCAAAUGUGAAGGUAGAUGGAAAUCUGUUAAUCCCUCUGGGCUCUCUGGAGAAGGAAUAA